ACUCUCAGAACACAAGAUAAAGAAAAAAGCUUAACAGACGAGCCAACAAACAUUCUUGGAGCAGAGUUUUCUCUUCUUCUUCUUCAGCUUUAAAAAGCAGAUAGGAGCAAUGGCGACACCCAAAAACACUCCUCGAGGUGCAAGCACACCACUGUCCCCCAACCGCAUCACCCGGCUCCAGGAGAAGGAGGACCUGUGCAACCUCAACGACCGUCUGGCGGUCUACAUCGACAAGGUCCGCUCUCUGGAGGCAGAGAACGCUGGUCUGCGUCUGCGCAUCACCGAGUCCGAGUCGGAGGUGAGCCGGGAGCUGACGGGCCUGAAGGCCGCCUACGAGACGGAGCUGGCCGAUGCCCGUCAGACUCUGGACUCUGUGGCCAAAGAGCGAGCGCGACUGCAGCUGGAGCUGGGGAAGCUGAGGGAGGACUACAAGGAGCUGAAGGCCAGAAACACCAAGAAGGAGUCGGAACUGGCCGGAGCGCUGCAGAGGCUCAAAGAUCUGGAGGCUCUGCUGAAUUCGAAGGACGCGUCUUUGACUACGGCUCUGGGGGAGAAGCGUAACCUCGAGGUGGAAAACCGGGACCUGAAGGCCCAGGUUGCCAAGCUGGACACCAGUUUGGGCGAUGCCAGGAAGCAGCUGCAGGACGAGAUGCUGAGGAGGGUGGACGGAGAGAAUCGCAUCCAGACUCUCAAAGAGGAGCUGGAGUUUCAGAAAAACCUCCACUCUGAGGAACUGCGGGAGACAAAGCGGCGCCACGAGUCUCGUAUGGUUGAGCUGGACAAUGGCCACCAGCAGGAUUUUGAAAGCAAACUGGCUGAGGCGCUGGUGGAGAUGCGCAACCAGCACGAAGUGCAGAUCAAAAUGUACAAGGAUGAAAUUGAGAAGACCUACAAUACCAAGCUGGAAAGUGCCCGUCAGUCUGCGGACAGGAGCAGCCACCUGGUGGGAGCAGCACACGAGGAGCUGCAGCAGACACGAAUCCGCCUGGAGUCCACAUCGGCUCAGCUCAGCCAGCUGCAGAAGCAGCUGGCGGCUCGCGAGGCAAAGGUGAGGGACCUGGAGGACGCCCUGUCUCGGGAGCGGGACACCACACGCCGCCUGCUGGGAGAGAAAGACAGAGAAAUGGCUGAAAUGAGGCAGCAGAUGCAGCAACAGCUGGAUGAGUAUCAGGAGCUCCUGGAUGUCAAGCUGGCUCUGGAUAUGGAGAUCUGUGCUUACAGAAAGCUGCUGGAGGGAGAGGAGCAGAGGUUGCGUCUGUCUCCCAGCCCUCCGCCCACCAGAGUAGCAGGAAGUCGUUCCUCUACAUCAGCAGGUCACUCUCGAUCGAUCCACUGCAGCGCUCAGAGCUCUCCUGCCAAGAGGCGCCGCCCCAACGACACGGACAGCGAGGCUUCCAGCUUCGCGGGAGGAGCUGUGGCUCGCACUCGCAUCACCCAGCAGGCGUCAGCCAGCGGAAGGGUCACUGUGGACGAGGUGGACCUGGAUGGGAAAUAUGUCAGACUCAGCAACAAAGCAGAUGAGGAUCAGAAUUUAGGGAACUGGCAGGUGAGGCGGCAGGUGGGAUCGGGUGCAGCCAUCUCUUUCAAGUUCCCAGCUAAAUUCACCUUGAAAGCUGGGCACAGGGUCACGAUCUGGGCCUCUGGUGCUGGUGGAGCCCACAAUCCUCCCUCUGACCUGGUGUGGAAAACUCAGCCCUCCUGGGGCACCGGAGACUUGUUCCAGACCACUCUGAUCAGUGCCAGUGGAGAGGAAAUGGCGAUGAGAAAAGUCACCCGCACACAGUUUGAAGAAGAAGACGAUGACAUGCAGGUGGCUCACAGCACUUGUGGGGACAGCGAGUACAACCUGCGGAGCCGGACCGUGGUCUGCGGCUCUUGCGGACUUCCUUCAGACAAAUCCAGCAACUGUUCUGUGAGCUCGGCUUCCCGCUCCUUCCGCAGUGGUGGCCUCUCCGAGGGUUUGCUGCCUCACUCCUACGUCUUCAGCGCCAGCACUCCUCGCAAGACUGGAGGCAGAAUGGAGAGCUGUCCAAUCAUGUGAACCCAUCCAUGGUGAAACACUUAAAUUCCACUAGUUUUCAGUUAGUAGUUCUUCAGUUACCAGUUGUAGUUAUGAAGUUCUUUUUAUGUACUUUUGAAAUAAUUGUAUGCAAUAAAAUUUUAUACUGUUUUUUAUACUGUAUAUAGGCAUGCAUAUGAAAUAUUUUCUGGAAUUUGAAUGGUGAUUAAAUCAGUCACGUCUGUUUGUAUUGAUGACAUUAAGAAUUGGAAACUUAUACCAGUCUUCCAGCUGACAGUAAAACAUGAACCUAUCAGCUGUUUUAACACUUAAACAGCUUAAAACAUCAGUUUGGGCUAAUUUAUUCUAGCUGUUAGAUAAAAUCAGAUUUUCACAGUUAGAUCAGAUUUUCAUUACAUUAUAUGAACAUAUUGAUGCAGCAGGGUUGCAGAAAAAUAAUUUGUGUUCAAUUGUGUUAAAAAAAAUAUGUUUAUUUUUGAAUAAAAGUUUAAGUUGAGUUGAAGUAAACUGACCCCGACCUUGCUGCAGAUACACAGAAUAUUGUGUA